AUGUCAAAAUAAGAAGUGCAAGAAAGUAGCAGUUAAGGUUAGCCUAAGACUUAAAGUGCUUAAGAUUUGGAAAACCCUUAAAGGAAGUUUUCAAAUAUGAGCAAUGUUAGCUAAAAUUUUAGUGAAAUAUAGUUUGAAAUAGGACCAACAAGUGAUAACUUUGUAAUGAUUUUUGAUGAAUUAGAAGCAAAUCAAUAGGUCUUAAAAAAGGAGGAAUAAAAUUUAAAAAAUAUUUUAUCAGAUGAUCAGCAAACUUAGCAAAAUAAAAAAAUUAUUAAAUAAGCUGUUGAAAAGAGAAAACACGAGGAACAAAAUCGUUCCAAAUGGUAGAAACUCUAAAAUCUUUUGAAGCAAGAGUAGAUUUUACUUGAUAAUGAGAAGGAAAUAUUUGCGAAAAAGUUGAAAAAAAUAAAGCAUUUAGAGUAAAAAUACUAUGAAUCGUUCUUAAGCAUGCAGAACAUAACAUCAAAUAUUCAGAAAUACUUUAUCCCACCAUCUGAGCACUCAAAGCUGUUUUAUAACAAUCAAAAUACUUUUGUUUCUUUUAUCAAAGAAUUAAGGAUAAAGCCAAAACUGCUUUUGACACUUAUAGAAAAGAAUCAAUUGAAUAUUUCAUCUGCUAUAAGAAGUUUGCCUUAAACUCUUUCCCAAUCGUUUUUUCAGUCUCAUUUAAAAAAAGGUAUAUCAAGUGAUGUCUUGAUAUUUAUUAACAAAAACAUCGAAAUGGAAAUAAAUCUUUCUAAUGAUAGACAAAAUAUGCUACGUACAGACACACUGCCCAAAAAGAUUAUAAAAGAAUUUUUUAAUCAACCAAAGUACACAAAAAACUUAGAAAAGAUAUUUAAAGACACUCUCUACGAAAUUUCUAAAUUGACAGAAGAUCUUCGAUUAGAAAACGAAAUUAUAGAAAAUGAAUCAAUAAGGAGAAUAAGUUUGAGAAAAUAAUCUGACUUCUCAGCUGUAGUGAGGAAAAAGAGUGAAUUUAAAUCUGCAAAACCAAAUAGAAAGAAACUUACUGUGCUCAGUUCAGGAAAUGAACAUGUAGAGAGCUCUAACUGCAAUAGAGCUGAAAGAUAUUAAGAAAUAUUGAGAAGCUUUGAUAAAUCUAGGAUGUUUAGAUCAAACACUAUUUCAGAUUAAAUUUAUAGCAUUCUUAAAAUAGAACAGCAAAAUUAAAGAAAGCAUGUAAAUGGGAAAAGAACUAAAUCAGAUCCUGAUUUUGAAAAAGAAAGUUUACCUCUAUUUUAGAUGCAAUAAAGUGGUGAAAAGUAGGCAAAUAUGUUUACUACCUCAACUUAGCUCACUUUUCCAAAUCCUAAAAUUUAACAAAAUGAAACAGAAACAGGUUUUUCAAUCAAAAUUUAAGACGAUUAAAUGCAAUGGUAGAAAUUAGAUAGAAGUGAUAGCAUGGUUAUUUAAGAUAGAUAGCAGUGGCUUUAAGACAUAAUUAAUUUACAGGAGUGGGAAACGUCUGAAGGUUCAGUUAAGUCUGAUAACCCUCAAAGGAAAACUUCUAAAAAUGUUCACCAAAACGUACUGUUUUCUUCAGGUUCUUAAGAGUCUAUAUAGUCAGCUCCAUAAUAAUUAGAAGGAUCUUCUGCUUAACAACCAACUUAAAGGUAAAAUAGAGGAUUAACUUUAGAUGAUAAACAUAAGCAAAUUUUAGACAAAGAAAAAGAAAAAAUUAUUUAGAAGAAGGUGAAGAAGGUUAAUAAGAUAAUUUAAAAUAUGUUGGAGCAAUUAUUCAUGAAUAUCGAGAUUAUUCCUAAUGAUAUUAGGAUUAUUUGUGCUUUGAUUAAAUAUCAUGCUUAAAAAAAAUACCCUGAUUUAACUAAUGCCUAGCUUUACUAUUCUCUGAGCUACUUUUUCAUAGAUGACUGGGUGCUUCAUAUAUUUAUGAAGAGUUUUAAUAAAUAUUAAGAUAUGGAUCAAUCUAAGUAGGAGAUCUUGUAAAAAAAUAUGCUUUACAUUCAAUCGAUUAUUAAAAAUAUAAUGAAAAAGCAAGUGUUCAAAUAAGAAGGCUUAAUUGCAAGAUUUAAUUCAUUAAUAUUUUAGCUAGGUGAUUAUGUGACUCAUUACUAUGAUCAACUUAUGAAUAUAGACAUGACUAAAAUUUUAAAUUAAAUUAUUAUUCCGUCUGAACAGAAGAGUUUAUAAUUUUAGCUAGAUUUCUGCUCUGUUUAUAUGAGCUUAGAGAAUAUUUAAAAGAUGGCCCAACUGAUUGCUUCUAAUGAUAAAGAUUUUAUUUAAAUGAAUGAAACAAAAGUUGUCGAAUAUGCUAAAUCUAUCAAUAUUCAAGCAGAAAAAAUAUUUAAUGAUAGAUCUGAUUUAUUCUAUGGGGUUACUCUCAAAAAAGACUAAAUUUAUACAAUAUUUUAAUUUUAUCAUACUGGAGCUUAGGAUUUUUUUGAUUAAUACUUUGAUAUCCCUUCAUUGAAGCUCCCUUACUAACGAUUUAGCUAAGAAAAUGAGUUUUAAGAUUCUUCUAAAUACUUUGAUAAGUUCAAAAACCUUCUUAGAAGCAUACUUGUAAGUGUAGAAAAGCUAGAAGUUAUUUCUUAAUUUUCAGGAUUCAAUGAUUUGGACAUUACUUCUAUUCUCAAAAUUUUAGAAGAUUAAGUUUGUGAGAGAUAUAAUUCUGAAAUUGUCAAUGUUCCUCUUGUCGCUUCUUACUUAAAUUCAAUGAUAAAAAAUUAUUUAAAUCCAAAAUACCUGCAAAAUAAUCUGCAGCUUAUAUGGAAAUAUAUGAGUUCAGAGUAUAAAGCGAGAAUUAGUUAAUUGGAAAGAAUUUCUUUUCUUGAAAAAACUAAUAACGCUCGUUUAAUUAAAUUUCUUAAGCUAAAUAUCAACUAAGUGGAAGAAGUCAUAAGAAAAUAAGAAAAAAAUAAAAGAAAAAUUUACAUAAAAGAGUUUUUUGAUUCAUUUUAGCUAAAUGUUUGUAUUUCCUCACCUCAGUCGCGUUUCAAAUUAAGUAAUACAUCAAAAAAAUUGUAUUCUGAAUUUGAUCAUUCUAAAAUAUGGGUCGAAGACUUAUCUUGUUGCAUACAUAAAACUGCUAACCUAGAAUUUGUUAAAGAUUUAACUGGUGAAAUAUCUCCAACUAAAAAAGAAUAAAUUCAAGAACACCAUUGUGAAAAUUUAGUCUAGUUUAUUGAACAAUUCAGCAAAUUGCCUGAACUAAAUUUAUUGCUCCAAGAAGGAAGAGACAUAUGGGGGAUAAAUGAAGCUUAUUCAAUAAUUUUAGAUAAACUUGAGGAUGGAGUAAAAGAAUAUCCUUAAUUUAAAAACUUAAAUGAAGAACAAUAAAACGAAAUUAUUGAAAGUUUAUUUAAAUCGAUAAACAAAAUAUUUCAUAGAAAUCUUUUUCCUAAAAGAUAAACCUAUAAAGACGCAGCAUUUUAUAUCUUACUAAAAUCAUUAGACUUCUUAACACCAGAGAAUCUUGAAAUAACCAACAAUACCCAUUCAGAAUGGAUCUGGAAGAUAUGCUCUCAAAUAUUAGUCUCAAUGGACCAUAAAAAGUCUCCUGAGUAAAAAUUGAAAUGCCUUUCAGAAUGCACAAAAGUAAUUGCAGAAGUCUUAAAACUGUCAUCUCUUAAAGAUGAAGCAGCAUCUGCUGACCUGACUCUUCCUAAUCUCAUUUAUGUCCUAAUUAAAUCAAAACCUAAAAGACUUUGUUCAAAUAUUAACUUUAUAACAGCGUUUCAAUGCAAAAAUAAAAUGCUUUCAGAAGCUGGUUAUUGUUUUAUAUAAGUGUAAAGUGCCAUUAAAUUUAUAGAAGACCUUGAUCCUAGUGAACUGAAGGAAAUUUCAAAAUAAGAUUUUUAUUUAAAUCUAAGAAACGAAGAAGUAAAAAUAGGUAUCGCAUAUAUGAAAAAGCGAAAAAGAAAUGGUCACUCAUUUGAUGCAGAAAAAUAUUAUUAAACUUAAUGUUAAAUUCUAGAUUUAAACAACAAUAAUUAAUUGGCAAAAAAUUCCUAAUCAAAUACUAAUUUAAUUAAUGUUAUUAAAUGA